GUUUUAGCCAAGAAAAAGCGCUGUGCGCUACGAAGAUCGAAGAAGAAAAUUAAUUGAAAGCCCAACCUGUGUGUCCAAGAAGUCAUUGACGAGUCGGUUCGUGUAUGGGUGCUGUGUGAGUGGUGUGAGAGAGUUUGAUCGCGUUUAUGUUGUGUUGGCCACUGGUGGGUUGUAGUGUGUGUGUGUGUGUGUGUGCAUUGUUUCAACGACGACCACCCAGGUGAAAACAACAUGAAGCAAAAUGCCGUUCGUGAAGCGUGUCGUAACCCCAAAGUACAUCGCCCGCUCGUCCAAGUUGGCACUGCAGCCGUACGCGGCCGCUCCGACCAUCCCGGUGGCGGACAAUGAGUUCGAGGCCCUGACCAACGUCACGCUCAGUAACGCCCUUCGUCAGCUCGCUUCGCUCGUGUUCAUCUCCAACCAGAUCUUCACCGAACUGCACGAGGAGCUGUCCAGCGUCAAUGAGCGGUCGCUUGGCAUCAAGCAGCGCAUCGACCGACUGUCCCAGAAGGUGGAACAGUUCGACCCGAAGCAGGUCACAGUCCCGGAAAGUGACCUCGAUACGUUCGUGCAAAUAAAGGACCACUACGCGACGAAGUACCAUGUGGAUACGGCACUGUUCACCGUGGCCACCCGGUCCGACACGGUGCGGGAGCUGUACGAGGCCGCCGCCAAAACGCCCGUCGCAACGAUCGCCGAGAUGGACCGUAUCAUGGGCAACAUUGCCGGAAACAGCACGGAAGCGUUCAUCUGCACCCCGGUGUUAAGUCGGCAGCGGCGCAACGCCCGCGCCCACAAUGUCGACAUGGACAUCGAAGUCAGUCUGCCUACUGCCGUACAAGAUCUACGCAAAUGGACAUCGUCGGAGGCAAUCGGCGACGUCACUACCGGUGUUGCGUGCUCUGUUAAGAUAGCGUCUAAUAACAAUUCCGUCCUACCGCACAUAACCGAAUCAUGUACGACACCGUCCGAUCUGACCGACGCACCAACAACAUCCAACAUGGCCGACGAAACGGAUAUCGAUGCCAUCACGACACUGGCGGAAACGGUCACCAGUAGUGGCAGUGGAGAUGAUCGUGUCGAUCACCUGCUGCCAUCGCCUACCGAGCAAUGCCGUAUUUUGGCCUCAAAAUUUCCAGCGGAAACUAUCAAAAUCGAUACCUCCGGACGGGCGUUCGAUCGUAUGUCGUCGACACGGAAGUCAUUGGUGUGCUAUACGGCGACACGGGCCAAGAAGGACGAUGCCAAGCCAGAAGAGGAUACGGUUAGGCGGCGUUCGCGGUUACGGCGACCACGAGGCAAAAGACGCAACACUAUCGCCAGCUCAGAUCAGCGGGAAAUUGCGGAGGUUAUCAACAAGGGUGAACCAGACAGCGGUGUCGCUGACGAGCAUGAGGUGUGCGAUUUCGGUGAACUAAUGCCAGCCAUUCGCAGCAAGUCGGGCGAUCUGCUGCGCAAGGAACCGUCCUUCUCGGCCGAGUGGGCCAAAAGCUUCAACAAGAUGUCACACUUCAACUCGCUGAAGCAGUGGGGCAUGAACCGGCUGCGGAUGAUCAACCGCGAGUCGGCGAGCCACCGCGACAAGGAUCAGGACAUUGACGACUUCAAUAUCCACGAUACCACGCUCGCGCGUCAACCCAGCAUCGGCGGUAGCCGGCGCCGGGGCACCGACAGGGAGAAACGCCUUUCGCACGACCGAAAGCCGUCUUACUCAUCGUCGGAACGCAGCUCGACCGGCAUCCUGGGCGGCACGACAUACCUGCCAGCCUCGAUCAAUCCGGUGAAGCUGAGGGAAACGUCCACGAUUCGGCGACAGCGUCGUACAGCACUUGGCAAUAGGGACGAACCGCACUCGUCCAGUGGGAACUGGAGUGCGAGCUCCGAAUCCGGCAGGACAUCGAUCGGUAGUGAGAUCACCACGACCAACACGCAUCCCAAAUCGAGUGCUUCGAGCACCUCGUUAAACCACAGCAAUCCAAUCAGCUCGAGUGCACCUCCGAGCUCGAUCGUUAGCAGAAGGCGAUUCUUCAACACGUCGGCAUCGAGUAGCGUCACGAGCGAGGGAACGAUCACGCCCGAUCUGCAGACGUUUGAUUAUCACGAUGAGGGCGGUGAGACUAGCUCAGUGUACUCGUGCGAUACGGAGGGUUACUACACUUCGUUUCACGUGGACUCGGGAUUGAAAACACUUAAAGAGGAAGAACCCAUGACACCUCUCCAAUCGACAACGGCUCUAUCCAGCAUCACAUCAUUCUCCAGCUCCGGCAAUACGACCGUUGUGUCUGAUUACGAUGUGUACGGGAAGGGAUCGACGUCAACGACUACCAGCUCGGCAGGUACAAUCUGCACGGUGCUGGCAGAAGGUGACAAGAACGUCAGUGCAAGUGCCUCCAACUUACCCAAGAUCCCCGAGCGUAAGAGCUCCCUGACGAAGCUGAACCGUAGCAACAGCACCGCCAGCAAUGGCACACUGGAACGGAGCUACUCAAGCAGUACGCUCGGCAGUACGCUGGACAGUACCGGUACGAUCAAACGCAACGGUGUACUGAUCCAGAAAGAGGUGCUAAAGAUCCUACGGCAGGAGAAUAACAAUCGGCUCGAUGUGGCGGAUGGAAACGCACCCAAGGUAACGUCCGCACAAGAACAGCAGCACCAACCGUCGAGUGGAGCUGCAUCCAGUGAAGGUGGCAAGCUACCCCCCACUGCCGAACCCGAACACUCCGAGUCAUCCGACGUGGAGUGCGUGGAGCGUACUGAAAGACUGAAAGUGAAGACAACCAUUAACACGAGCCGCAUUCCUUCCAUGUGCAUCAUCACCCCAACGAACAGUGACGAUGAGCAGUCGCAGCAACAACAGACUGGCACAUCCGGUGCGAAGACAAUCGCAACUCAAUCAUCGAAACCGUCCGACAAGGGUAGUGGCAACAAGCGACGACCCUUGCUUACCGAGUCUGCCUCGUUCGAGCUGAAAAAACCGAAAGAUUUCCGCAAACAUUCGCUUCUGCCACUGAACAACGUGUUCGAUAGGAUUAAGGGCGCAUUGCCACAUUUGAAAAAAUCACCCACAAAGGAAGACGGCACUGGUGGGUUUGCAGCAUCCAAGACGGUGGCCGGAACGGGCGCACCGACGGAAGAGGGCGAAGGCGAGUACGUUGAGAUUUCCAAGGGUCGUAAAACACCGAACGAGCUGACGGUGCGCCGCAAUUUGGCCACGGUACUGUCCGGCAAUUUGAACGAAGAAACCGAAUACGUGUCGCUCAACGAGCUGCCCUGUAAUAUCAAGUGUGAGAGCGCUAACUUCCUGGCGGUGGAUGCGACCAAGUGCGCACCGGAGAGCGGUACCGACGGAGACGCAGGUGCGCUGCAACAAUCGGGUCAAGAUGGCGCCGGAAGCGGUACGGUUGCUGGUACGGCCGGGUGCGGUACGCGGCACGCUGCGCUGAAGAGUGCUGCGCGUGUGAAGCUGGAUGCAAACGGGCGAGUAAUUUUCUCAUCUGACAGCUUGAAGCGACGGAAGGGUGCCCAUACAACGUUCGCUCCCGGACCAUGCGUAAAGGAUGUGUCGUCACGCGAAGCGCAAUGUAAACAACCGCACGUCGUACUACAGCAUCCACAGCAUCCACAGCAGGAACAGCAGCAUCAGAAGCAGCAGUACGCAGGUGGCGAUGGUGGUGGAACAGUGAGUACAACGAACCCAAUAGUGGUUGGUGUCGACGGUGUACCAGUAGCAGCAGCACCAUCAGCAAUACUUCCCACGGUGCGACAACUGAAGCGACCCCUGGUUUCCGCACGGUACGGUACACCCCGUAUCGGACCGUCACCGCUCGGGUCCGGUGUGUUGUUGGAACCGCCGAAGAAAACACUCGUGGCAACGAUUCUCCCUAACAGUGCCAAACAGCAGCCACCCGUACAGCCGCCAAUCCGGCGGGAAACCCGUGAACUUACCAGCAUGCACUCCUUCUCCCCGUACGGCACUGAUAUGACUGACGCUGGUGCUCCACCGUACUACGGUGCUGCACCGAUUGCAGCCUAUCAGGCAUCUGCAGCAGGCCAUGCAAAACUGUAUCCCGAAGGUGCUCACUCACUGGACCGUUCUAGCAUUAGGAACUGGUACCCGGACAAGCUAACCGUCCAGCGGAACCUCGCCACGCUACCGACCCGGCCGGACUAUGCGCGCACGUACCGGGCAGGCGGGUUGCAGGAUUACGAAGCUCCGCGCGCACUGAUGGCGGGAAGUUUCGCAAGUCCACCGGCCAGUCCACUCGUGCCGGACACGCCCGAUCCGAACAGUCUGUACGCGGUUCCGAACAAACUGAAACCUUCGCCGUUGGCCGUCGGUAGAAGUGCCGUGCCAAAACCGAUGGAUCGCAGCCUGCGGACGAUACUGGCCGAACAGAGUGAACUGUCGCCAAUCAAACCUUGCCAAACGAACCCAUUCCGUACGUCAACGCCUUCGAAGGAGGAUGAUGUGAUGGGGCCACUGCACCAUAAGCUACUGCUGUCCACAUCCACAAACGUUCGCUCGUUGGGUAACUCGCCGGUACAUUCAGGUCGUUCGACUCCGCGCGAAAUGCUAGAACCUCAGGCACCGAGGGGCCGUCACAGUUGGGCGUCGAACAGCGUAGAAGUACCGAAGACAUGCUCGGAUCGGCUUGGGACACCUAAAACAAGCUUAAUGGAUUUCAAGAAGCUGCUGCUAGCUCACGGCACUAAGUCACACGCAAGUCCCGGCUCUAAAAUGUCGGCCGUGGAGCUGUUGAAGAAGAGCAAGGAAACGGCCGCGACGCGUCCGAAAGAACAACCGAACUCAUCACCCGCAAGCAAUAUGGCGAUCCUGGAUAUGUCUGCUUCGCCGAAAAUGUACAGCUACCGACGGAUAGCACAGCAGGGCGGAUACGGUGGAUCCCCAACGAAGGGUGGUGGAGGUAAGGGAGGUGCGGCUCGGUCCAACUGGCGCUACAAUAAUAUGCGCACGGGUGUUAUCUCCACUGCCAUACCGGAAGCGAACAGUGAGGAAGACAUAUUGCCCACGGAUGGUAGGAAAUCGAUCGAGAAGGAACCCACCACAAGACCCACGCUUGCCAAGGAACCGGAACCGGAAGUGGAGGACACGAUCAGUAGCUUUAAGGAGAACAUUUUCCUCAAAGAGGACGAAAACAAUUUCAUGCGCGGUGAGAUACCACGGUUGGCCAAAUCGUUUGCCGGCUUUUCCACAUCCGAUGGGCCACGUGGUGGUAAGCUGGUGAAGGACAUGGCAGCGAAACUGAUUGCACGGGACCAAGGUGCGACUGGGGAGGAUUUACACUCCACCACAGCCAAGCAGUCGAUGGCUUCGGCAGCUCUCGAAACGGCAUUUUAAACCGGUUCGCUGUUUUCAGCAGGCUGACGGCCCUCGCCUUCACCUCAAUACUGUCCACCUUUCACAAAAACGAACCCCUGCUUUAGGUAGCUUAAAUAUGUGUACGCUGUUUCUUUUUAGCGCGCGUCUUUAAAAUGAGCUCGAAAGUCUCAUAUUUAUCCUUAUUUAUUCUAAUUUAUUUCACGUGUUUAUUCGUUCAACUGUUGUUUAGAUAUUUAUAUUUUGGCGAAGGAUCGUGCAAAACCCCCCUUUCGCGGGCUUCGUUUCAAUGGAAGCUUUUCUUCUGUUGAGAAAUUGUUUUGACAAAAAUGACUUUCUUUCGCUAUAGUAUUUUGUUCCCCUUUUCUAUACACGGUAAGCCAAGUACGAUGCGGAUGCAUAUUGUUUUCCCACCGUAUCGGGUGCUUCGGAGGAAAAAACAUAAGGCUUGCGAGACUUUUAGCUUGAACUCUGUCCCAACUUCAAGCGGUGAUAGCCAGUCUUCAUUGAGAGCAAUAGAGCAUUGAUUUCGAUAGGUCGUAGUAGAAGAGUAAAGUUUUGCUUAUAGAAUUGUGCGACAAAACGCCGCAUGCUUCGCUUGGGCAAUGCCAACGGUUAAAAAGAUUAAGUAAUGUGCCCCGAAUCUUGCUAAGGUUCCAGUGCCGAUUCAAAACUUCUUCAAUUAUCCAAAUCCAAUCCGUUUGUAGAGAGAGAGAGAGAGAGAGCUACAUAAAUUCGAUCGCUUGAGAUAUCAUUAGGAGAACUAAAACGAAAAACAAAGUAUUACAUCUUGCAAAAGAGGCACGUGGAACUAAACAUAUUGGAAUGUAGUUUCAUAUCAAGGCUAUAUAGCAUUUAAGGCUUAUCGUAUGCAUUUACACCUAAUUGCCCUCCCGUUUAGGUUUGGUGUGGUUAGUUGCAAUUUCGACAACGCGACAGAGACGGCUUCCCCCAUUUGGGGAGAAUAGCAGGAAGAUGGUUUUACAAACAGCUAUCGAUCAGUGUUCAGGAGCAUCAUCCCAAUCUAUAAUUGUUACAUUAUUGAAUGAGACAUAUUUAAACGAAGCAAUUCAAAAUAAAGCAUUAAAAUAUUU